AACACCUCUAUUAUCUCAGUUCUACGACAACACAACGCAAUGGGAUUAGAAGAAGCGCUUGCAGAGUGUAAUACUUUUGUAUCUAGAGAUAAGAUCCCGUGGUCUAAAAUAGCAGAAAAGCAUGGUGUUGUGCGGUCAACGUUGACGCGCACAUGGAGGGGUGAGACGCGUUCGCGGGAAGAGCAGGCAAUCGCACGACAGAAACUCACCCCACAACAAGAGGAGGAGCUUGUUAAGUAUAUAGAGGAGCUUACUGCUCGUCAUAUACCUCCUACAAGAGAGAUGAUCGCCAAUUUCGCGUCAGCAGUCGCCCAGGACCCAGUGAGCGAGAGCUGGGUCACCCGCUUCAUCAACAAGUACUCUAUCCAUCUCAUCUCUCAAUACUCGACGGAUAUGGACGCUGAUCGCCACAACGAUGAUUCCUACAACAAGGAUUGGCUUAAAAUGGAGACUCUGCUGCGGAAGGUUGCCAGGAAUGAGAGCAGUAAGGAGCUGAGGAAGAUCAGCCGCUCGCUCCACCACAUCUCAGUUCAGAAUCAGCUCCUCUACCAUGAGAUAGCAGACCUCAAAGAGGUUCUCAAUCAGAAGAAGCACAAGAACAAGAGAAAAGCUCUUCAGUUCCAGCCUCGCAAGGACUAUCACGGCGGAGCUGAGUUUUACUCUCCUAGUAGAGUAGAGAAAGCGCGCUCUGAUGAGAGGACUAAACAACGGAACCAGAAGGCAGAAGAACUUAAAAAAGCAAAGAUGUCGAAGCUCAGGCACGUUAACAAGCUGUACAAUGAGAAGAUUGCUCAGGGGAGGCGUGAACAGCGGGCAAGGGAGAAGGAGGAGCGUGAGCAAGUUAGAGCUGAGAAGGCCGAGGAAGCAGCCGAACGCAAGACUCAAAGAGAGCGUGAUAAACAAGCUCGCGACGCUGAAAAGGCUGUACAACUGCCCCAAAGAGACAAGCGCAAAGCUCCAGUAGCUCCUGCAGCAAAAAUACCAAAGAAGCGUUGUACUGUGGCCACAGUACGUGGUGUUGUUGCUGCAGAGCCUCCUGCGGCACCUCGCACCCACAUCACCCGCAGCGGCAGAACAGCAACUCUAUAUAAUUAAUUUGUAUGAGAGAAUAUCGUCAAAUAGGUCUAUAGAAUAAUCCACCAAAUUGUCUCGCGA